GCAGAGCGGGGCGGGGAAGCUCGACCCGGCCCAGCCCAGCCGCGCUUCCCCGGGGCCAGCGAAACUUCCCGGGGGGCUGCCAGAUACAGACCUAGACAUACAUAUCUAGAUAGAUAGAUAGAUAUAUAGCAUUUUAUUUUUAUUUCUUUUAACAUUUUCGGCACUUUCGGUGGAGACCCCGGCGUGGAGCCGCCCUUGCCGCGGAGCGGGAGGGGUCGGUGCCCUCAGUGCCGCCGGUUUGCCGGGCAUGGGCUCCGGGCGAGCUCCCGCUGCCUAGCCCGGGCUCGGCUCGGCCUGGCACAGCCCGGCCCGGCUCGGCUCGGCCCUCCCGGGCAGCGGGGCCGCGCAGCAUGGCCGCGGAGCUCAGCGCCGAGGAGGAGCAGGCAACCAAGCAGUUCCUGGAGGAGAUCAACAAGUGGACGGGGCAGUACAAUGUGUCCCCGCUCUCCUGGAACGUGGCUGUCAAGUUCCUCAUGGCCCGUAAGUUCGAUGUCCUGCGGGCCAUCGAGCUCUUUCACUCCUACCGGGAGACACGGCUGAAGGAGGGCAUUGUGAAGCUGAAGCCUCACGAGGAGCCGCUGCGCUCGGAGCUGCUCAGUGGCAAGUUCACCAUUCUGAGUGUGCGGGACCCCUCAGGAGCCUCCAUUGCCCUCUUCACAGCCAAGCUGCAUCACCCCAGCAAGAGUGUGCAGCACGUGGUGCUCCAGGCCCUCUUCUACCUGCUGGACCGAGCGGUGGAGAGCUUCGAAACCCAGAGGAAUGGGCUGGUGUUCAUCUACGACAUGGCAGGCUCCCAGUACACCAACUUCGAGCUGGACCUCAGCAAGAAGAUCCUCAACCUGUUGAAGGGUGCUUUCCCAGCUCGGCUCAAGAAGGUUUUCAUCGUGGGAGCACCCAUGUGGUUUCGUGUGCCCUACUCCAUCAUCAGCCUGCUGCUGAAGGAGAAGCUGCGGGAGAGGGUGCAGAUGGUGAAGAUGUCAGAGCUGAAGGAGCACCUGCCCCGGGAGUGCCUCCCUGAGUACCUGGGGGGGUCCCUCAAACUGGACCCUCUGAGCUGGAACUGCCGGUUCCUGCCGCAGCAGAAUGGGCACCCUGACCCCCUGGAUGAGCUCAUCCUGGUGCCACUGGUGGCUCCCAAAGAUAACGGCUCUGUCCACGUCCCCGGGCCCAAGUCUGUCACCCUCCAGGAGCUGCUGGAUCACAUCAGCCACAAGCAGAAACGGGGCAUCUACGAAGAGUACGAAGAUAUUCGGCGCAGGAGCCCGCCUGGCACCUUUGUCUGCUCUUUGGCACCCUACAACCAGGAGAAGAACCGGUACGGGGACGUGCCCUGCCUGGACCAGACCCGUGUCAAGCUGGCAAAGCCAUACAGCCGCCCGGAGCUGACUGACUACAUCAACGCCAGCUUCAUGGAUGGCUACAAGCAGAGGAACGCCUACAUCGGGACUCAGGGGCCUCUGGAAAACACCUACGGUGACUUCUGGCGUAUGGUGUGGGAGCAAAACGUCCUGGUGAUCGUGAUGACAACGCGGUUGGAGGAGGGUGGCAGGAGAAAGUGCGGCCAGUACUGGCCUCUGGAGAAGGAUUUCCAGGUGUGCUUUGGGGCCCUGACCAUCACCAACCUGGGCGUGGAGAACCUCAACCAUUACAAGAAAACCAUCCUGGAGAUCCACAGCUCGGAGACCAGGGAGCGGCGGCUGGUGUCCCACUUCCAGUACCUGAGCUGGCCAGACUACGGUGUCCCCUCCUCUGCAGCCACCCUCAUCGACUUUCUGGGGGCUGUGAAGCAGCAGCAGAGGGUGGCAGUCAGUGCCCUGGGCCCCCGCUUCAAGGGUCACCCCGGGGGCCCCCCAGUCGUGGUGCACUGCAGCGCUGGCAUCGGCAGGACAGGUACCUUCUGCGCCCUGGACAUCUGCCUGUCCCAGCUGCAGGACGUGGGGACGCUGAACAUCUACCAGACGGUGCUGCGCAUGCGGACCCAGCGCGCCUUCAGCAUCCAGACCCCCGAGCAGUAUUAUUUCUGUUACACCGCCGUCCUGGAGCACGCCCAGCGCCAGGGCCUGCUGCUCGCCAACCACAGCCGGGCCGCCCAGGAGAGGAGCUCGCUGGGACCCUGAGACCUGCUGCCUCCCUACUGGGAACCCCCUUCCCAGCUUCCCGGGGCUGCCAGAGCCACCUCCGUGCCUGCCGGGACUCGGGGCUGGAGCUGCCCAUCCUCAUUUCUGGAACUGUGCCUUAUUCCCACCAACCGGCGGCCCUCGCUCCCCCGGGGGUGGAGGACAAAGAGGCCCAGUGCUGGGGGGGGGGGGGUUUGGUUGUUUUGGGGAGGUGAUUUUUCUUCUCUUCAAGUCGGGGUGCUUUGUUUUGUUUUUUGGUUUGGUUUAGUUUGGGUUUUUUGGUUUUUUUUGGGGGACCAUCUUAAAAUGUAUCCAGAAGGGGGGCUUUGCAAAGGCCCUAGGGAUUGUGUUUCCAGUCAUGCCCUGGUCUGGGGCUUUGGAAGAGGCACCUACUUCAGUCUUGCCUGCCCCUCUGCCCGUCUGUCUGUCUGUGUGUAUAUAAUACAUCCUCUCUGUGCCCACCCCAGCUGCUCUAUAGAUACGUAUGUACCAGUCCCUUGCAGCAGCUCCUCUGGGUCCCCACUGUCCUGCCAUCUCACUGCUGUGAUCCUGGGAGCGGUGAGUUUGGUCCUGGCUCUGUCUUGUCUUCUUUCCUCCCUCUUUUUUUUUUUUUUUCCUCCUCCCUCUUCUUGUUCCUCACGGGCAGCAUUGGGACCCACUCCUGUGUCUGUCCCACGGGAUGGCACAGAGAUGUUCGGCAGCAUUCCCCCCCUUUUUCCUUAUCUUGUCUUCCCCAUCCUCAUCUCUGGCUGGGAGAGGGCAACUCUGCUCUCAGGAGGAGGAUCUGGAGGACUUUGGUUGGGGGGACAAGAAGCUCCCCGUGUCCCCUGCCCCACAGGUGUCACUAGGUACGAGGUGAGGGGGACUGACCAGCACUCCAGGUUGCUCAGCUUUCCCUGCCUGGCAGUGGGAACCUGUAGCCUGGAAAAGUGCUGAGCAAAAAAAGCCCAAACCCUGGGGGGGCAGCAAGCCCACCUGGGGGGGACAGCAGCCCCUGUCCCCUGCCACCGCUCCGGCCCCUGCCCCUCUGUGCUGCCCGGGGAGCUGGGACCAGCAGAGCCUGGGCCUCAGUAACUUUAUACUGUAAUAAGCUCUUUGAAUGUGUAUAUUCUUAUUUUUUUAUAAUC